CUUUGCUAGAGAAAUCUUAGGGUUAUAUCAGCGUGAUAGAGAAUACUCCGUCUAUCCCGAUCCGACACCAAAUCUCGGAUUUCCCAAGUGCUCGUACCUACGAUUUUCAGUGAUUUCUUGCGACCAUCGUACCUGCCGUCAUGCUGCCCCAAAUCUAGGUUGCCGCUGCCGCUGUCGCUCUCCACCUCCAGACUUCACCUAAUUGAACACCAACUACACAACGACCAAUUCGAAUUUCAUCCCCCUUCCUUGUCACGAUUUUCGCUGUGGCGUCUCAAAAACUUCUCACUGCCUUUGUGCACUUGACGCGGAUUUCCGAACGAAACAGUCGAGCCUUUUGCAAAAUGCCGCCAAAGCAAGCAAAGCAAGCUACGUUGGGGUACGUGAAAAAUUCUCAGACCACCAUCCGGUGUGUUGGAUCAGCCAAUUCGAGGGUCGCAGUUGGAAUUCCAGCUAACAUGCAUAUUCUCCAACAGAAAGUUCUUCAAGAACCCAAAUGGCACUACCCCGAAAGAAGCCUCGAAGCAAACCACACUCGCAUUUUCCCCCAAGUCAAAUGGCACACCAAGCUCCAGUGCGACCAUUGCCCCUUCAAGUUCUAAGCCAGCGGAAGAUGUUGAGAUGAAGGACGACUCGGAUGUCGAGGUCAUAGAGGUCAAGGAGGAUAAGAAAAUCGAUCUCAAGGAGAAUAUCAAGCCUGGAAAGGGUAUUUUCUCUUGCAUAUUAUUGGUUGGAGAUUUUAUGCUGAUAUGAUUACAGGAAUCAAGAAGCGAUCUAGGUCUACACCCAAACCCGAAGUCAAAUCAGACCCCGUCAAGGAGGAAUCGGUUGAGAUUGAAGAGGAUGAAGAUGAGGAACCCGUUAUCAAACGACCCCGACGAGCUGCCAAAGUUCAGGUUGAGGACGAAGACGACGAACCGAUUAUUUCGAAAUCCAAACCCAAAUCAAAGGCUGCUUCAAAGUCCAAAGAUUCAGAGGAAAUGGCUCCUCCACCCAAGAAAUCAAAAAUCCAGGUUGAGGACGAAGAUGAUGAACCAGUUGUGUCAAACUCGAAACCAAAAGGAAAAGCUGCUCCAAAGUCCAAGGAUGCAAAAAUAGUGGCUCCUUCACCGAAGAAACCAAAAAAGCAAGUCGUGAAGGAAGAGGAAGAGGAAGAAGUCAAGGAGGUCAGCUCAUCCUCUAAGAAACCCCCGAAGAGAAAAGACUCAAGUGCGUCUACAUCUGCUGCCGAGGAAACUGAGAACGAGGAAGAAGAGGACAACAAAUCUGAGGAUGAGAAACCAGAAAUUGUAGCCAAGGCUCGGGAGAAGGUUCAAACGACGUUGAAAUCCAAGGCCAAAGACCCAUAUCCUGAUUGGAAGGCUGGAGAUCCGGUUCCAUAUGCAGCCCUAUGUACGACAUUUUCAUUAAUCGAGAUGACCACCAAAAGACUCAUUAUUCAAGCACAUUGUGCACUAUUUCUUCGACAGGUCUUACGCCUCACCCCAGAAGAUAUGCUACCAACUGUUUUACUCAUGAUAAACAAGCUAGCUGCAGAUUACGCCGGUAUUGAGUUGGGCAUUGGCGAAUCAUUGGUUAUGAAGGCGAUUGGUGAAACCACUGGACGAAGCUUAGAAGUGGUCAAGAAUGAUCAGAGAGUACUUGGAGAUCUUGGAUUGGUAGCUGUCAAGAGUAGAGCCAAACAACCCACCAUGUUCAAACCCAAACCUUUGACUAUCCGAGGUGUUCAUAAAGGUCUUAUUGGCAUCGCUGCCACUUCUGGAGCUGGGGCUCAAGGUCGAAAGGUUGAUGGUAUCAAGAAGAUGCUGGCUGCAGCUGAUAGCCACAAUUCUGGAAAAAUUGAUAUCACCGUAGACAACGGAGGCGCCAGUGAGGCAAAGUUCAUUGUACGCUUCCUUGAAGGGAAAUUACGGCUUGGAUUAGCAGAGAGAACUGUGCUGGUCUCGCUUGCUCAGGCUAUGGUAUGUCAUGAAGUUGAGGCCAAAGGCGAAGGAAAAAUCCCAACCACGGAGCAGCUUGCCAAGGGAGAGCAAAUCUUGAAGCAGGUUUUCAGGUAUGUUUGCAUGUUCUUCGUUUUCGUCAACAGUUUUACUAAAAAGUCAUAGCAAUCUUCCGAGCUACGAUGUGAUCAUUCCCGCGAUGUUAGAUCAUGGGAUUUUCAACCUAGCCGAAAAUUGCAAGUUACAACCAGGUGUACCACUAAAACCUAUGCUGGCAAAACCCACAAAGUCAAUCACGGAAGUUCUUGAUCGAUUUGAGAACCAAACAUUUACCUGCGAAUACAAAUACGAUGGAGAAAGAGCACAAAUUCAUUACGUCGCGAAAGACUCGGAGCAACAAUACAAAGGCCCAGCGGGUGUCGCCAAAAAAACGGGAAGUGGAAUCACAGCUAUCUUCUCACGAAACUCUGAAGACCUUUCAACGAAAUACCCGGAUAUUUUGUCGAAGCUGGAUACUUGGGUAAAGCCGGAUACAAAGAGUUUUGUACUUGAUUGUGAGACUUGUGCUUGGGAUAUGGUAGAGAAGAAAGUUCUGCCAUUCCAACAACUUAUGACACGAAAGAAGAAGGACGUUAAAGUUGAGGAUGUCAAGGUUAAAGUUACCGUUUUUGCUUUUGAUUUGUUGUUUUUGAAUGGGGAGGCUGUAGUGGAGAAGUCUCUAAGAGAGAGGAGAGAACUUCUGCAUAAGUCCUUUAAUCCUGUUGAAGGGGAGUUUGGGUUUGCUACUAGUAUGAAUGGACGGGAGAUUGAUGAGAUUCAGCAGUUCCUCGACGAUAGUGUUAAAGCUUCUUGCGAGGGACUUAUGGUCAAGAUGUUGGAUGGUGCGGAAAGUGGUUAUGAACCUAGUAAACGAAGUCGGAACUGGCUCAAGGUAGAUUUUCCCCUUUUCACUGUCUCUUUGUAUAAACUAACAAUCUCUCCCAGAUAAAAAAAGACUACCUCUCCGGCAUUGGUGACUCCCUGGACCUCGUCGUCCUAGGAGCCUACUACGGAAAAGGAAAACGCACUUCCGUCUACGGCGCCUUCCUCCUGGCCUGCUACAACCCAUCCACCGACACCUACGAAACAAUCUGCAACAUCGGCACCGGUUUCUCAGAAGCCGUUCUCGAAGAGCUCCACCCGCAACUCAAAGACAUCGUCAUCGAACGUCCCAAACCCUUCUACUCUCAUUCCUCGGGUAAUCAACACCAACCCGACGUCUGGUUCGAGCCGCGAUUCGUGUGGGAGGUGAAGACUGCCGAUUUGACACUUUCCCCUAGAUACAAGGCGGCAUGUAAGGAGCAUGUUGGAGGUGGCGGCGAGAAGGGGAUCAGUCUGCGAUUUCCAAGGUUUAUCAAGAUUCGAGAUGAUAAGAAGCCGGAUGAGGCGACGAGUUCCAGACAGGUUGCGGAGAUGUAUCAGAAGCAGGAGAGUGUGAGUAAGAAUAAGGGGCCGGCGGUAGAUGAUGACUUUGAGUAUUAGUGUCAUGUUGCUGGUUUGUGGUGUAUCAAAAGGGAAAUUUGGGGGGGAUAUGGGGAUUCUUUGUGUCUCUUUUUUAGUGAGGCAGAUGGUGGAUUUGCUUUCGCUUUCGCUGUAUCUUACAGGUCUGGAGUGGGACUUGAUUUUGUAGUUAUGGAAUGAAAUGCA